CGGCCGGGGGGCACAGAGGCGAGAUGGCCGACCGCGGCUGCCCUCCUGAGGCGACCGGCUCGCGGGGCUCCCCGCGUCCGGACCACCGGGCCCCACGCGCGGCCGGGCCGAGCGGCGGCGGAGUUGGCGAGACCCCGCGCACCGCGGCGCUGGCGCUGCGCUUCGACAAGCCCAUCAAGCAGGCCUUCUACAACACCGGGGCCGUGUUGUUCGUCUGCCUGUGCUGCGGCGCCGCCGUCUUGGUCUACUUCAUCCUCGAGGCCUUCCUGCGGCCGCUGCUGUGGGCCGUGCUGUGCGGCACCUUCCUGCACCCCUUCAAGAGCUCGCUGACGCGCCUGGGCCGCCACUGGCUGCAGCGGCUGCACCGCGCGCACACCCCCAUCGUGCUGGCCGCGCUGCUGCUGCCGCUCUGCUUCGCCGACUACGGCGUGGAGGCCCUGGGCGAGCAGGCGCUGCGCCGCCGCCGCCUGCUGCUGCUGCUGGGCGCGGGCGGCCCGCUGCUCUAUGGCCUCUACUGCCUUGGCAACUACCUGGGCGUGCAGGUGCUGCUGGCCCACGCGGGCGCGCUCAUCUGCCAGGGGCUGGACUACUUCAGCAGCCUGUGGAUCUGGACGUUGGUAGUUGGCUAUGUGUUGACUGUUUCAUUCAAGUGGAAUACAAGCACUGAACGCUACUUGAGAGCAAUUUCAAUUCCUGUCUGGAUUAUAUUGCUUUUUCAUUUAGCAUCCCUGGCUGGCUCAUGGAGAAUUCCAGUGUUCCUGGUUAUUGUUUUCCUGAUGUCUGUGGGCACCCUGUAUGAAAAACAGAAUGGAAGGGAGUCUGCUGGGGCAGAGUUACCAGGACAAGUAAUCUCCAUGGCAGCGUCUACUCUAGCCAACUUGGCCAUCUCCAUCACGGGUUAUGAGUCUAGCAGUGAAGACCAGCCCUCCACUCAGCCUGCAGAAGCCACAGACAAGGAAGAACCCCCUCCAAUGCUGUCUGUCUCUUCCUCACCGUCCUCCUCUUCCUCACCCUCCUCCCCUUCACCCACCCUGGGCAGACAAAGACCUGAAAUCGGAACAUUUCUUAGAAAGAAGAAAACUAGUGACAUCUACUUUGUGUCUCUUGUUUGGGCCAUCGUUGUUGUCCAGAUCUGGUUGAACCUGUGGAUUGUGCAGUUGUUGCCCGUGCCUAUUGCAGUGUGGAUCAUCAAAAAGCUUGUUAUUCACUUUGGUGUUGUGGACUUCCUGGAGAAGCGCUGCCGGGUUUGGUGGCAGGUCAUUGAGCAUUUCCUGAAGGAGCGACAGGAGGCUUUAGCACCGUGGCCAAUCAUUGGGCUUGGAAAAUUCUUGUUAAAAGUUGACAGCAAGCUCUGGCACUGGCUAAAUAAGAAGAUGAUCAUCUGGUUGGAGAAGAUGUUAGAUAAAAUAAUUAGCAUUUUCAUCAUAUUUUUGCUAGUAAUAGGAACCCUUCUUUUAGCCCUUCUCCUGACUGCAAAGGUACAUCAAGAGAGUGUACACAUGAUUGAAGUCACAAGUAAUUUGAUUAAUGAAACCCUAGCAAAUCACCCUGAGUGGGCAAAUUGGCUUCCUGAGGCUCAGGUGGUCCAAAGAGCCCUGAAUUCUGCAGCUAACAAUGUCUAUCAGUAUGGGCGAGAAUGGAUAACCCACAAGCUUCAUAAAAUUCUAGGAGAUAAGAUGAAUAAUACAGCUGUAAUUGAGAAGCAAGUACUAGAACUUUGGGACAGACUGUAUCAUUCUUGGUUUGUAAAGAAUGUAACACAUUCUGGAAGGCACAAAGGACAUAAGAUGCAUGUAAGUCGUCAGAACAGCUGGCUGGGAGACAUUCUGGACUGGCAGGACAUCGCCUCCUUUGUUCACGAGAACAUUGAGACAUUUCUUUCGAUCUUGGAGUCCCUGUGGAUAGUUAUGAGCCGGAAUGUGAGCCUGCUGUUUACCACUGUCACCACGCUCCUGACCAUUCUUUUCUACAGUGGCACUGCCCUUCUCAAUUUUGUACUCUCUCUGAUAAUUUUCCUGACCACACUAUUUUAUCUGUUAAGUUCCAGUGAUGAGUACUACAAACCAGUGAAGUGGGUGAUAAGCCUGACACCACUAUCUCAGCCAGGUCCAUCUUCUAAUAUUAUCGGCCAGUCUGUGGAAGAAGCUAUCAGAGGGGUAUUUGAUGCUUCCCUCAAAAUGGCUGGCUUUUAUGGAUUGUAUACCUGGCUGACUCAUACUAUAUUUGGCAUCAAUAUUGUCUUCAUACCAUCAGCCUUAGCAGCAAUCCUUGGAGCAGUGCCAUUCCUUGGGACAUACUGGGCAGCAAUACCCGCGGUUCUAGACUUGUGGCUGACACAAGGCUUAGGAUGCAAGGCCAUUUUGUUGUUGGUUUUUCAUCUCUUGCCAACAUACUUUGUAGAUACUGCAAUUUAUUCUGAUAUUUCAGGAGGUGGCCAUCCUUACCUGACAGGCUUGGCAGUAGCUGGUGGUGCUUACUACCUUGGCCUGGAAGGGGCAAUCAUUGGGCCCAUACUUCUCUGCAUCCUUGUGGUUGCUUCCAAUAUCUAUAGUGCCAUGCUAGUGAGUCCCACGAAUUCAGUACCCACACCAAACCAGACCCCAUGGCCUACUCAGACUCAGCGGACUUUCCGUGACAUCUCUGAAGAUUUGAAAUCUUCAGUAGACUGACUUGGUUUCAUUGCAGUGGUUUCUCUAUGAAGUUUCACCUUGACAGUGAGUUCAGCUGAGCUGAGGCCUUGUGUCCUUUCAGCUGUGUCUAGAAGGCAGAGCCAAGAAAAGAAGCCUCCUGGCCUUCCAUACAGAACACCUGGACAAGAGAAACUCAACUGAGGGCUGCUUUGCAUUUUAAAACAUAGAGUUGAGACUUCAGAAAUGUGGUUUGCUCACUUAACUGUUGCUAAGAUGGCUUGAAGUUUCUGUUUAUACACUGACACCAUGGCUUGAAUUUUUCCCACUUUGAUUAUAGUAAUAUGUAUUUAUAAAUUUAUUUUAAGAAUUUGAAACUACCUGCUGUUAAAAAUAUAUACAAUGACAUUUUCUCUUAUUUUAAGAAAUCAGUUCAUAAACUUUUCUAUGACAGUCACUUUUCAGUGAAGAGGGCUUUCACUUUUGAGUAUGUAGUUAUGUGAGCAAGAUUACCCUUCUUGAACAAUGUACUGUUUCCUCUUUGAGAAAAGAACAAAUCUUAAGUGCAUGGGUAGGGAAGCAUAUUUGAUGUUCUGCUGAAUGUUGCAACCAGAGGAGAUACAGAAAGUCUGAGGCUCUUCCUUCUCCCUGUGUCCCUCAUUACAGUGUUACCAAAAUUAAAACUUGGCUGCCCACAUUAAAUUUAAAUACAUACGAAGCUGCUAUGAAUGUUAAACAAUAUGAAGGAAUUCAUGCUCAUUAAGUUUUUUCUUUUAAAUGCUUAAGUGAAAACUCAGGUGUAGCGGUACUGAUUUCUAAAUGUAUUCCCUAUUAUUUGGAACUCUGCCAGGUAGUUAUUUAAAAGCAGUAUAGUUUUAUAUUUAUAUCUUGUCACUUAGCACAGUGCCUUGCACAUAAUGACUCUAGAUGAAUGAAUGCUUGCUGAACUGAAUUGUAACUUCUUAAAUAUCUCAGAUAUUACAUUAACCAGCAUAGUGCUUUAUGUUUUA